AUGUCUCGACCGAAAAGUUUCCGACGGAAGAAGGAAGAGAAGCCACCCCCUGCUACGGGACCCGGAAGUAAAAUUAUUGCUCUACCGGAACCAUUGAAGAAGGGUCAUAUUAAAAGACUAGGGGAUGGAAAGAAGGUGUUUUUAUCGUUCGGAACGGCCAAUAUGAAGACACUACCAAUCGAAAUCUACGACAAUGAGGAACUUAGUUUAUUAUCGGUGAAAUUCAAUGCUGAAAAUAAUCGAUUAAAACGAUUGCCGAAAUCGAUAUCGAACCUUCAUAACAUGGAGAAUAUCAAUAUCAAGAAUAACAAUCUUUCCACUUUCCCUGGUUCCAUCGCCAAGAUGAAAAAACUGCAAAUUCUGGACAUUACGAAUAAUAAUAUCAAAAAAUUACCACCUUCUAUUCACAAAUCUACAGCUCUUCAUACAGUCUACGCUUCUAAAAACAGAUUACGCACCUUGCCCAAAAAUAUCGGAAAAUCAAACUCGUUGUCACACGUAGACGUAUCGUAUAACAUUAUCCGUACGUUUAAAAAGGGCGUAUACGACGUUCCAGCUUUUGUGAAUUUGUGCGGGAACAGAAUCAGUGAAAUACCAGCAGUAUCAGUGAAAAAACCUCAAAUUAAAAAACUGGAUUUAAGUCACAAUACCAUCGCUUUUAUACCCGAUUCUAUUAGUAAACUUCAGUGUUUGACAUAUCUAGAUCUAUCCCAUAAUAAUCUAGAUGAACUUCCGCCUCAGAUUGGUCAGGUGAAAUACCUUCAUUAUCUGGACAUUUCCAACAACAAACUGAAAGCCUUGCCAGACGAGAUCUGCCAUCUUGGUUACGCAUUGGAUACAUUUAAAGUUGCUCAUAAUGAAAUUGCGGUUCUUCCGGACGACAUCUGUCGACUGAAGAAGCUGAAGUUACUCGAUGCUUCACACAAUGAGAUCGAGUUUCUACCAACCAGUACGAAAGAGAUGCACACCCUGCUUUCUGUCAAUGUGUCUCACAAUAAACUCAAAUCCAUGAAGUUUGCAGUAACUCUGACAGCACUGGAACAUUUAUACGUUGGUGGUAACGCCAUAGAAGUUGUACCUAACGAAAUCAAGGAUAUGAAGGCAUUGCUCACUCUGGAUGUUUCUGAAAAUGGAAUCCGGGAAAUUCCCGAAUGUGUCGGACAUCUGAAAGCAUUGAAAAAGCUGAAUAUUUCUAAAAAUAAGAUCACCAUUUUACCGGAAACUCUUGGAGAAGAUCAAGUGCUGACAUAUUUGGACAUUUCGUACAAUCGUCUGGCUAAACUACCACAAGACCUCAGAAAGGUUCGUAAUCUGGAGGUUUUCCAUAUGAGCCACAACGAAAUCGCCGCCAUGCCGAAAUCAGUCGAGUUCUUGUAUCAGAUAUAUUCUUUGGAUGUUUCUCACAAUGGCAUGACUGAAUUACAUCUUCCACGAACGUUGGCGUAUCUCAACUUGUCCAACAACCCUCUCACCGUGAACCCUACUGAUCUAAAAUCACCGUUAGUGGUAGUUGGCGAUAAGGAACAUCUUAAAGUCCUUAAAGAACUUCAGAUCACAGAACUUCAGCUGGACGAGAUCCCACCCGCCAUCUUUAAUCUCAGAUUCCUGGAACAUUUAGACGUUUCUAAAAACCAAAUCAAAAGUUUGACGGAUAAUAUCAAGAGAUUGAAAAGACUUCAGAAGUUGAACGCCAGCCAUAACGAAUUAACGGAAGUUCCCAUUGUCAUUGACGACCUGAAGAAUCUCCGCCAUCUUGACGCCUCUCAUAACAAGAUAGCUGCAUUUCAACCCCGAAUCGUCAAGCUGUUUUCUCUAGAAUAUCUGGACAUGUCCCACAACAAGAUGACACUGUUAACAGACGAUUUCGGCGAGUUGAAUAAGCUCAUGAAGAUGGAUUUUUCCCACAACGAGUUACUGACCUUUCCUAAAGAUCGUGUUGAUGUUCUUGCGUCGCUACGAGAGUUGGAUGUCUCACAAAAUCACAUCGACGCCUUCUCUGUAGACUUUCCUUACCUCUACAGACUACAGAUUCUCAAGGCGGCGGGAAAUGACCUAAAAGCCAUGCCGAAAGACAUCAUCAAAAUGCAAUCUUUGGAAAUUCUCGAUAUGUCAGAUAACAUCAUCGAAUCUCUGCCAGAGAGUAUCUGCAAACUUCCAGCCAUCAAAGAAAUAGACGUUUCUGACAACAGACUUAUGAAUGGCUUCCCUAAAAAUUUCCCUAAAUUGACGCAGAUGUGUUCGGUGAAGGUAGAUCAACAGUCGAAUUAUAAAUCCAGGGUAGAGCGAGAUCGUCCUAAACCCCCAGAGGAUCCCAAGAGCAGCCCCAAAGGAAAGAAGAAGAAAAAGACCCCUAAAGGUUUCCGGCAGUCCAAAACUGGUUACAUGUCAGCGCCAAUGUAG